AUGUACGGCAUCAAGGUCCAAGGCGCUUAUAAGGGGGCGCUGGAUUCGCUCCCGCGAGAUUUGAGCAAGAAGGAGAGCAACCCGCCGCCGCAGCGUCAUCGCGGGCUGACCAUCUGCGAUGCCUGCCGCCAGAGGCGAUCACGAUGUUUUUUCGACAUGGCCAAUCCAGUCUGUGGCCAGUGUCUGCUGCACGGCACAAACUGUACUGGUCGAUCCAGAAAGUCAAAAGUCGAAUCUAUGAAAAGGUCUCGGCGAGCGCGGGAAUUGGAGGCCGAGGUACAGCGAAUGGAACGUCUCUUGCGAUCUGCCGGCAUUGAUCCUGGAGAAAGCGCGUUGGAUGUACACCCGGUAGAGGAGGAUGAAGACUUGGAUUCGGAGAUCGAUGGUCUUGAAUGCGAUGGCAGCGCCCGCUUCAACAACAGUGAACAUUCAUCUGCGUCGCCAGCAGAUCGCCAAAGCUCCGAGUCGUGUACCUCACCGCGAUCGUCCUGUAGCGGAAACACUGAGAAUUUUAGUCACUCGCUGGUUCUAAAGUCAAACCGUCCCGAAGCGGAAGGCGUGUUUUUUGUCAAUCGCGUCUUCCCCAUAAUUAACGAAGAAAGCUUUAUGCGCAUGGUUGAGUGGCAGUAUACUCAACAGACAUGUACCGAUGUCGCUAGAUGGGCCAGUAUCAACGCUUUGUUGGCUCUCAGCUUUAGGUAUCGAGACAAACGUGGCUCGCGGUCUGAUAAGGAUACUGAUAGGGCGUGGCUGUACUGGAAAAAUGCCGCGGCUGUGUAUACGGAAUUGUCGUUGCGCCCGCAUGGAAUCCUUGGAAUUCAAGCUCUCCUGGCGAUGGCGAUAUUUGCUCGCGUUAAUAGUCACUUGAUGCUGGCAAUUCCAUUGAUAACAGCUGCCAUGAAGGCGGCCCAAGCGUUAGGCUUGCAUAGACGGAAUUCACGGCUGGAUAUCAGCCCUGCUGAGCAAGAAACCAGGAGAAGAGUGUGGUGGUGUAUAUACAUUAUAGACGAGGGUAUCGGUAUCAAAACAGGGCGAGGGUAUCUGCAACACGCGGAUGAUUUUGACGUCGAGUUACCAAGCAGAGAUCCCGACUCGCCUAAUGAGAAAGGCAAUGCUUGGGACAUUGAUUUAUUCAGUUCAUAUUGCAGUCAUGCCGUCCUCCGCUGCAAUAUUUAUCGUGGACUGUACGCCACCCAAGCGUUCUACAAGACAUUUGACGAGCUGUGCGAGACCGUGGAUACCCUAUCAGCCCAAUUAGAUCAAUGGAAACAAGGAACCCCAUGCCUUGUAUACAAACUACCAGACUCAAAAACGCUGGACAGCAAGCAGGAACUAGAAGUUACUGCCCACAUCGCGCACAGGCUUGGCUACCUCAAUUCAAUGACGCUGAUUCAUCGCAUGCCGAUUCUCUAUGAAAUCGCAACGCGGAGACAUUCCCAUCCCGAUAAGGACCCUUUGAAAUACGUCUCUGUCACUUCUCGGCAUCACAAUCUGAUCUGCCUGCAUGCGGCGCGUGAUUCUUUAAGCCUGCUGGAUGCAUUACCGUGGAAAGAUACUGUUUAUAAUGGGAUUCUUUUUGAUUUUUUGUUUUUUGCGGCAUCCAUACUGUUCUCGAAUAUCGUCCAAACACCUUUAAUGGCAGAACUUGGACCUGUCGACGAGAUUCUGAGAUUGCUAAAUCUCACAAAGAAUUAUUUUGCUACUCUUGCUCCCCACCAUGGGCAAUCCAAAGCUGUGACGUUUAUGGCUACCAUGACCUCUGUUAUGGAACGCACGGCAAAGAAAAUCAUCGAUAAAGCCAUGAAAGAAGAGAAGAACAACAACAACAACAACGACAAUAACACAAACACAAACACAAACACAAACGUGUACACGAAUAACUCAACAACACGCAAAGAAAAACAACACCAAAACAUAUAUACCCCCCCGACACAACAAGCAAGCAUUUCUCCUACAACAAUCGAGCAAACCGAAGAGAUACGGUUUCCAAACACCGACCUGUUCCCUUCAGCGCCAUUCUCCGGAGAUUCGAUAUCCGACAACUUUGGGCAAAUGGGUUUUGGCGACACAACAGAUGCAUUUCCGCAGUCUGCCAGCUUCCCGUAUAUGGCGCCGAUGCCCGAACAGAAUAUGCAGAUGACAGAAGCAUACGCACAUAUGUACACUGACCUGUACGGAUAUGACAUGCCGUCGUACCUGACGGCGCCCGUGCCGAAUGGAAUGUGGGGGCAAGCGGGCAUGCCUGAUUUCGCAGGCAGCAUUCCGAAUGAAGCAAAAUACGAUGCGAAUAUGACGAGCGAUGUGAUUUUGGAAUACAUGUGGAAUAACAAUGGGUGA